AUGCUGUGGAGCCUCAGUAUCUGCCCCUCAGCCCAGCCCCCUCGGCUGCUGCCCCCAGCCAGCUGCAUGCCUGACAGGGUACGACUGCGGGCCUUGCCUGAUGAGCUGUCUUAUGAGGUCAGGGUGCGUGGGCCUCUUGUCUCCAUGCCAGGAAGACUUGCUGAUACCAAGAAAAUCACUGUCCUACUUGGGGACAACUGGUUUUGCCAGUGCUCUGCAAAGCAAGCGGUGGAUCUAGUAGAACAUAGGAAACAAUGUGUAAGGAAAGCACUGGAUGCCCUAAGAAAGGUGCUGAAAAACUCUGAAUCCAAAGUUUUGUUCACAGCAGAUUUACAGGGACAGUGUGACGGGGCAGGAGGUUUUGUUGACAUAAGAGAACAUGUUCCAAACAACUCUGAAUUGAAAAGAAAACCCCAAAUUACACACAAACCUCAUUCAAAACCCAAAACUUCACAUUCUGAAGAUGGUGUUAAGUCCAGGAAUGAUUUUCUUACUGAUGAGGAAUUGUGGGCUCGUCUAGAAGAGCUGGAGAGAGAAGAAAACCUGCUGGGUAAAGGGAACACUGAGCAGGAGAGAGGUGUCCCAAAUGGAGAGGAAAAAGAGGGAUCAAAGCAAGUUGGAGAAACCCCUGCAUCUGGAGACUCUUUAGCUGGCACACCUCGUACUCCCAAUACCAUCUUUGAUUUCCCACCUCCUCCAUUAGACCAAGUGCAGGAGGAGCAAUGGGAAGUAGAAGUGCUGUCCGGCAUGUCCAGUGGGAUACCAGCUGGUCCUGUCUUCUGUGACAGCCACGGGGAAGGUGCCUAUCGGCGCAAAUCCAGAUGGGUGACGGCAGCCUGUUUACCUUACUUUGUGCUGAACGAGAUUCUUCAGAUAUUGAACCUGGACUCUGCUGGAGCUGGACUCCGGCACUUGUUAUCGGAGAUUGAGAAGGCAACAGUGAAAGGUGCCCUGGAACGACUAAAUGCGGGCUGUUUGUUGUCACCCUCCCGGAACAAUUGGGUCUUUCUCUCCGCAGGAAACCUCCCGCUCUCCGCCUUGGCCCCCAGCCGAUGGCGCAGUCUAGCAACUAGGCGCGCUCGGCCCUCGCGCUGUUCCCGGAAGCGCCACCAGGAGGCGCCCUCUGCCUGCCGAAGCCGGCCUGCGGGCCCUCCUCGGGCGGGCUGUGCUGCCGCUGGCGCAGGGCGGUGCAGGGCAAGGGCUGCGCCAGGGACCCCGACGUCGAGCCACCGCAGCGCGUGCACCUCGGCUCCGGCCGCUCGCGCCCCGCGGCCCCAGCCAGGCGUCUCCCGCUCGGCCGCGGGCCCCGGGGCGGCGGCAAGUUUGCCCCGACCGCUCGGCCCCGCCGCCGUCCCGCCCCUCGGGCGCCCGGCUCCGGGCGCGCGUGGCCAGGGCGAGCGGGCAAGGAGGACGUGGGGGCCGCGCGGCUUACCGGCACCUGAGGGGUCACUUGGCCGGCGGGCCCCGCCGCAGUCUCCCUGCUGCCCGCCGGGCGGCGCCCCGCGCCCGGGCCGCGCUCCUCCCGCGCUGCCCGCUCACAGCCGCCGGGCACAGACUGCCUUCAGCUGCCAGCGGAUGGCGCUGGAGCCGCCGCGGCUGCCGCGGAAAAGGGAAAAACAAAAAAAGGAAAACCACGGCUCGGCGGCCGGCGGAGCACCGCCCGCCCCGGCUCAGCCCUAUAGCGCGGAGCCGCCCAGGAGUUGGAUCAUGCAAUUAUGCAGGCUGAGAAGUCCCAGAGUCUGCUGUCUGCAAGCUGGAGACCCAGGAAAGCCAGUGGUGUCAUUCAAUCUGAGACCAAAGGCCCGAGAACCAGGAUCAUCGAUGGCUGUCCUGGCUCAAGCAAAGAGCAAAUUUGCCGUUCUUCCGCAUUUUUGCUUUUUCAGGCCUCCAGUGGAUUGGAUGAUGCCCACUCUUGUUGGUGAAGCUCCCAGGGCAGUGCCUGGUACCUGGAGGGGCUUAGUGAACAAGUGCUGAGUGAACGAAAGCCUUGAGGCAGUGCCUCUGCUCCUCUGUUGAAAUGAGCCAGCAAGAAGAGCAGCCUCGUCCUGCGGGGGUCACCACGCUGUCCAGAGCUGGGUGUGCGUGAGAGAAAGCGCUGCAGAGGGACCGGGGCUGCUGCAGGGUCUCCAGGCUGCUGGCGGAGGAGGCUUUCUGAUCCAGCUGUCAGCGUUUUCACUUAGGACCUUAAUCUUAACUGUGUAAUCACACUGUAAAUUGGUUAUCUUAAAAUAUGUGAUUUGUGGGGGCAUGGGGAGUGGGCAAGAACAUCAACUUCUUUUUACCUUCCUGUAUUAUUUAAAAUUUAGAACAGCUAUCCAUGAUUUUAUAAUCAAAAAAUUAAAUAGAAGUUUAAACAUGUUUAAAAAUAAGAAAUAGAAUAUGGUUGGGAAAUAACGAUGCUGCAUGGUUAGUUUCUGAACGUGGUUUUCAAUGGUCCCAAGAAACCUGGCUUCAAGCAUGCGAUAUCUCGUUGAGCAGAGUCAGACCGAGUCCGACUGCUUUCUUAAUUUGCUCUUUUCUUGCUUUUCUUCCUAAUCUGUUUUGUGAAUUUUCUGUGCCAUGAUAGCUUCAUUUGCUUUUUGUUUUGAUUUGCCUUAUUCUGGCUUGUGACAUUUAUCUCAACUCUUAUCCGGCUUAAUCUUUCUAGCUCCACAUUCCCAGGAGACAGGAAAAGCUCAGCUGUUUCCUGCCAGCUCCCUGGAGCUUUGGUCACUACCUGAUGGAUUUGUCUACACUUAGGUCAAGGGCCUGCUCGAUCUAAUCAGCUAGGAGUCAUGGGGUCUUGUGGUAUGGGACCUGGAAGAGGAAGGCUUAGGGAACUCAGCAAGAAGUGGUAGAACCUUGUUGCUAGUUUCCAUUCUAUGGCUUUUCCUUGUUGCCUUCGCCACUACUGUUUAAACUUGAACAUUUUAUAUGAAUGUUUUUCAUAUAUGAAGGCUUUUCUUUUUCGUUUCAAAACCGUUCAAAAAUGUACUUUCCAAGUCCAUGAUAUUCUCUACAUUAUUAAAACUGUAUUCAAUUAUUAAGCAGUCAGCCACUAACAUCAAGUCUUCUGCACUCCCACACAUAGUCAAAUGAGAGCAAUGCCAGAAAUCCCAUUUUGAGCAGUGAGUGGCAGAUUUUAUGAGAUAGAAUGCCAUACUACAAGGAGAUUAGUGCACAUCUCACUUUGUGCUAUGUGAGCCUCUCAUUCAUUUAUUCAACAAAUCCUUCAACCUUGUAUGAGGUGCUAUGUUGGUUCUGGGAGUAAAAAAGAUAAUAAGACAAUCCAAGCAACCAAGAUGCUCAGGAGCCAACAUGGGAUGUUUUAAAUCAAUAGUCUGCAAUCUUUAUUUAUUUAUUUAUUUUUUUGCUGAGGAAAAUUUGCCCUGAACUAACAUCUGUUUCCAGUCUUCCUCCGUUAUGUAUGUGGGUCGCUGCCACAUCAUGGCAACUGAUGGGUGGUGUAGGUCUGCACCCAGGGACCAAACCUGGGCCACCAAAGUGGAGCACGCUGAACUUAACCACUAGGCCAUGGGACUGGCCCUGCAAUCAUUUUAUCCUUUGUAAAACAUAAUGAUGAGUAGCAUUCAUAUCAGGUCAUAUUUCAUGGGGGUAUUCAGGGACACUCAACUGUGAGAUAUAAGUCCUCCCUUCAUCUCCCCCUUAUGAAUGCGUUCCUGUUAUAAGAGGAAGUGCUAUUUUUAUAGAUGUGCUCCAGAUGGCUAGAGAGCUCACUAGGAUUAUGACAAGAAGUAUCCAAAUUACAAUGACCUCAAGUACCAUCCUACAGAUCAUGGAAAUACUACUCAGGGUUCAGGAAUUUUAAUUUUUUAAAACUGUGUGGUUGGGGAUACUUUGAGCAACACUGUUCUAUUGGUUUUUCUUUCAUAGCUGAGACCAGGCUGUGAUGUUUAACAAAAUUUUACCAAAGUUUGCACUAUCCAAUAUCAAAUGACAAUACAUGUUAGUCACCAGCAGCUCCCUAUGGGUAUUGGUUUUUCGAAAUCAGUGCAGUUCUUCAUAGUCUUUACUCCAGGGAGGGAGAACAGAUGAAGAUUUCACACUUCUUCUGAGCUAGUAUGAUCUUGCAAUGUCCUGGGAGCAAACACUUGUGCAAAAAAGACACACUUUCUACCAUGGUUUGCACAAAGGGAUCUCCACUACAGAUUCUAGAUAAAGUCUGAUGGUCCGAGGAGUCAGGGGGAACACCACUGGAUGGCAGCUAUGUGGGGCCGAGCUGUAAGGGACACCUCAGUAUCCAGUGGUGCAUCAUGGAUAGCCAUGGCCAGAAAUAGUACCUGCAGUGCUUAACAGCAGUGGCCAUGGGCAGGAAUCUCCUGUGCCUGGAGUUGGGGAGGAGGAGGGAAGGAUAGAGACAGUCUGGGGCCCAGCAGAGCUGUACAGAGUGGGCAACUGACUCAAGCUGAGUUGUUCAGUAUCCUUGCCAAGGAAUUCAAAAUAGGACUAUAUUCCAGAGUGGGCUGGCUGCUUUCUAGGGCUAAGGAGAUAUAAACAGGAGCUCUUGAUGAUGGCCAUUUUUCAAAAGGCAGAUGAAGGGGCAGAGAGAGCUCAUCUAAAGCCAGAGAAAAGAAAAAUGUAUAUUCACGAAAAGAGAAGAUAGGGGGUGUUUGGGUGUUUGUGUUAAAGUUUGUUGCUGUGUUUCUCUAAUUGUGCACCAUGAGACACCAGAGUGUUCUUAGAAUAAAUUCUCCCUUUUGUUUAA